CGCAUGUUCUUUGUCGUUUCCUGGAUGCCUUGACAGUCCGGAGCAGGAAACCUACCGGGGUGGAUUCGUGUCGACUGCCCAGAGUCCGCGAAUUCAGGUCCGCAGAAGUUCGACGUGGGGGGUGAUUCAAGAAUAUUGCGUAAGGCUUAAGGUAGCUGGAAGAAACGUCCUGUUCACAAUGUCUCUGCAUCAGUUCCUCUUGGAGCCCAUCACCUGUCACGCUUGGAACCGCGACAGAACCCAAAUCGCCAUUAGCCCCAACAAUCACGAAGUCCACAUCUACAAGAAGAAUGGAAGCCAGUGGAUCAAAGCCCACGAGCUGAAGGAACACAACGGACACAUCACUGGCAUCGACUGGGCCCCGAAGAGCGACCGCAUCGUGACCUGCGGUGCUGACCGCAACGCCUACGUGUGGAAUCAGAAAGACGGAGUCUGGAAGCCCACCUUGGUCAUCCUCAGGAUCAACCGUGCCGCCACCUUUGUCAAGUGGUCACCCCUGGAGAACAAGUUCGCUGUGGGCAGUGGGGCUCGGCUCAUCUCCGUGUGCUACUUCGAGUCUGAGAAUGACUGGUGGGUUAGCAAACACAUCAAGAAGCCGAUAAGGUCCACGGUGCUGAGCUUGGACUGGCAUCCCAACAACGUCCUUCUGGCUGCUGGGUCCUGCGACUUCAAAUGCCGGGUAUUUUCUGCCUACAUCAAGGAAGUGGAUGAGAAGCCGGCCCCGACCCCCUGGGGAUCCAAAAUGCCCUUUGGGCAGAUGAUGGCUGAAUUCGGGGGUGCCGGUGGUGGGGGCUGGGUGCACAGUGUCUGCUUCUCUGCCAGCGGGAGCCGCCUGGCCUGGGUCAGCCAUGACAGCACGGUGACGGUGGUGGACCCCACCAAAGGUUCCACACCAUGCCAGCUGAAGACGGAGUUCCUUGCUCUUCUGAGCGUGAUAUUCGUCUCGGAGAACAGUGUUGUGGCCGCGGGUCACGACUGCUGUCCAAUGCUGUUCAACUACAGCGACGACGGGGUCCUGACCUUCGUCUCCAAGCUGGACAUCCCCAAGCAGAGCACGCAGCGCAGCAUCUCUGCCAUGGAGCGCUUCCGCAACAUGGACAAGAGGGCCACCACCGAGGAGCGUAACAACACGCUGGAAACGCUGCACCAAAACAGCAUCACCCAAGUGUCUAUAUAUGAAGGGGACAAAAGAGAUUGUCGUAAAUUCUGCACUACAGGGAUCGAUGGAGCAAUGACCAUAUGGGAUUUCAAGACUCUUGAGUCUUCCAUCCAAGGCCUAUUGAUCAUGUAGAGGAAACCACAUCUACCCGGCCAGGCUCCGCCUGCCAGCGGCAACGUGGUGACUUCCGGCAGCGCUUCAGGCCCAAAAGUGAGAGGAAAAAAACAUAACCGUAAAAAGCACUGAGGGCACCAAGAAACUGACAUACUGUUCUUUACUAAUGGGAGGAAGAGGAGCAGUGAGUGGGAAGCUUCCUCACUUUCUCCAGCUGUGAUUCUCUUGAUUCUGUACCAGAGUUGGUACUUUGAUGGUUAAAUGAUGCUAAUCGGGGGACAUUUUAGGACACUACCUUAAAAGGAGAUCGUUUUUUUUUUGUAAAUGGUUGGCUAGAAAUAAAGGAUGUAAGCUUAAA